UGUUCAUUGAAGAUGGUGGCGGUGUGUCAGACUCACUGUCCUGCACAUUUGUAAGAAUAUAUUUAUAUUUGUACACAUUUCCGACAUCGGCUUUGCCUGACUUUGGUUUCUUCAGUGAACAUCUACUAGAGUGACGUGGUCCUCGCACCUGCUAGCUCUGCAACCAUGCAGCCCCCUCCUCGGACUGGACCCCCAGGAGCCUCUGGCCCACCUCCUUCUGGGCCCAAUAUGUUCCGCAGGACCAGGCCUCACAAACAUACAGCAGCGGCUACUGCCGCAAUGCCACCGGCUACUCAACCCAUGACGGACCCUUUUGCUUUUGUCAGAGCUCCUCCCCCUAUGGCUGCAGGUGGUCUCCCAACAAUACCCAACAGCAACCCUCCACCAAUGCAAGCCCCACCAAACACCAUGUACUCUCAAGCUGGCUCAGGGCUGCCUCCGCAACCACAGACACAGGAGGACGUCCCAGCUGCUCCCACUGGUCCCCCACCAUCCUCUCUGCCAGGGGUGACAUUGUUCAACCCUCACAGUACAGCAUCUCCUGGUGUUUACCCAGCACCCAGUCCAGCAGGAUAUACAUCCUCACAUAGUGAACAGGGCUAUUUUAAUUCAACAGAACAGACACCAUCCAUGGCCCCAGAGCCACCACCUGUGGCCUCUGCCCCAGCAGCGGGUCAGACACCUUUUAACCAGGAAUUUCAAGGACAUCCACCUCCCCAGCCUGUGCCCUUCCAGCCUGUGCCUCCCGCCACCUCCUAUUCCCAGUGGGCCCCUGAUCACGGAAGUCGCCCUCCUUCAGUUCAGAACUAUUUCCAGCCUACUAGUGACCCUCCAUCACAAACUUUUAAUUUACCUACGCAGACCCAGAUGUACCCCUCCCACACCCCAUCACCCCAUCAGAACACCCCCACUCCUCCAACACAACCUGGACACCCCCAGAAUCAGGCACCACCUCCUCUCCACAAUCCUGUACAGGCCCCUAGCUCUCAAUGGCCUGACCCAAAUGCACCCCAGCAGCAUAAUUCUCACUUCCAGAGCUACUUCAGUCAGAGCUCUGCCCCACAGGACUCGUGGUUCAACCAACCUCCACAGGACUCAGGCUACCACCAAAUGGGGACCAGCGUGGCCCAUCCUCAGCCCGGGCCUGACUCUACUGGAUCUCAGCAUGCGUCCAACACUGGUCCUGGGCCUAGUUCUGCUCCUGCCCCAGUCCCAUACUCUCAGGAGUCUGGUACACUGUCAAUGUUCUUCAAAGACAAUGAUGUGGAAAAUGAAGAAACACUGGCAGGAGAGAGAAAUAAAGCAGUGAAUGGUAUUCCUGGAUCUUUUCAGCAUCACAGUAACCCACAGGCCCACAGUGGCCUUGCAGAUGCACCUUUGGAUUACCAAGGCCUCUCUCCGCAAGAUCAUUCACACCUACCGUACAUGAAUGAUGGCAACCAUGCGCCACAGGGAAGUACCCAGAAGCCCCCUGAUUCACAGUACGACCAUGUGGAGAAUUUAGAGUGUGUCCCGAACCUGGAAGUAUUACCCAGUGAAACCCGCGGCAGCCUUGCUGCCACUCCAGCCCAUGGAGUAGACCAGUAUGAAACCGGGCCUAACCUGGAGACUCCAGAUUCUGUUCCAAGACCAAUUAGAUCUGCCAGUGUGUCAUCCAACUAUAGCAAUAUGAGCCAUGGAAGUGGAAGUGGCACUCGUCGACAUCAUGGAGUAGUAGGUACCUUUAUUCAGCAGGAGAGUCCUCGUCUCACUGAUGAUGCUAACCUGUCUGCUGCCACUGGAGGCUACUUUGAGCAGAUUGACACUUCUCCAGCUGGAGAUAUGGGUGCACAACAGAGCCCCAUGGAGCAGACUUGGCCUCCCACACCUAGCCCUCCCAAACCAACUGGUAUCUUUCAGGCCAGUGCUAACAGCUCUUUUGAACCUGUGCGCUCACAUGGGGUUGGAGUGCGUCCUGCUGAGGUCGAUAGGGCUAAAAUGGUAGCGGAAGGGGGUGUAGAUUCUACACCUGGCAACCUGGAGCAGCCACCAGAUAAUAUGGAAAAUAUUUAUGGCCCAGGACACCCCUUGCCUGCUGGGGUGGGAGGUGGUGUUCCUCAUCUACCACACCCAGUGGUUCAUUCCCACUCUCGACCUUCAUCCCGUGCUUUUGGGGCCAGUCGACCCUGUGAGAGCCCUGCCACUACUCUGUGGGCACAGCAUGAUCCUCCUAGCUUGGGCGCUAACAUUCUCCUAGCCCCUGCUGCCCCGACAGUUCUUGCCCCUUUACGAGAGCCUAGUGCUGAUGUCAUCCAACCCCCAGAGGAUGCCCCACUGGACUUGCAGCCCUCCCAGAGAGUCCAGCCAACUUCACAGCAGCACUCAGAGAACCUAGAGAACCCACCACAGGUGAGUGAGGCAGAGCCAACUGACUCUCAAGGCAACCUGGGCUAUGCGUCUCUUCUUGUGUCUGACUCGCUCCACCAGCCUGUUUUAAUUGCCCCGCCAGUAUCUAAUUACAGUGUGAUUCCCCCCAGCACCCCUGCUCAAGCACCCAGUCAAAGUAGCCUUAGGGAAACUACCCCCCCUGUGAGAUCACUCGCACAGGGACAGGGUGCCAGUACUUCCCAACCGCCUUCAGUAAACUCUAAUCAGAAUCCAGUUUUUCCCCCUGGACCUGUAAGCUUCAGUUCGUCAGCCUCUAACCAAGGCCCGCUCAAUCUGACCCGUGACAACAUAGAAGCGGCAACAUCAGACCCCACAGCUCCGCCGCAGUCUCAGCCAGUCCGCCCUCCUCUUUCAAGGGGCCAAUCAUUGGUUGGAGACAGCCACUCUGCUAUCGGUGUUAAUCCACAGGCUUCUCUGACUGCUCCUGUCUCUAAUCAUAAUCAGCCAUCAAAUUAUGAACUGCUUGAUUUUUCUAUGCACCAAUCACAAGCCCAAAACCAAGCAUCUGGCCACCCUUCUUCUCUGCACGAGUCUCCACAGUCUAGUAAUGGAUUUUACCUACAGGUCACCAAAGAUGCUCAGCAGGGGGGAAGAGCGAUAGGGAAUGUCCUUGUCCAGACCCCGGCCUCUUCAUCUACCCCACAGGUACCACCAGCAUCCUCCCAAGCAGCUGCAAACACCCAGCCGCCAGCAGCGGCUGAACCUCCUAAAACAUCUGAUUCUCAAGCUGCACCGCAGGGACAAAAUGAUGCUCCUCCUGUUCCAGCAAGUGGAGCACAACCUCCCCGUGACCAGUAUCCACCUCCAGCACAGGGGCCUGCUGCAGGGAGUGCCCCUCCUCCCCCUGCUGGAUACCCUCCAGGGCCUCGAGGACCUGUACCUACAGGAGCUCCCCAGCCAGCUCCUGCAGAGCCACCUCGACCACCCUCCUCUGCAGGCAGCCAGCAAGGCUAUGGGCCUCCUCCUGCAGUGCCUGGGCAGAUGUAUGGUGGCUAUUAUGGUAAUUAUGGAGAAUACCCAGAUAGCAGAGCAGCUUAUCCUCCUGGCCAGUACCCACCUCCACCUGGGGAUCCCAGAGCACAGCACUAUUAUCAAGAUGGUCCAUACAGAGGUAGAGGAGAUCCUUGGUAUGGUAGAUAUGAAGGACAGUCCGCAGGGUAUCGUGAUCCAAACUACCAGUACAGAGAGCCUCAGCCAGAACGACCCAGCUCCAGAGCCAGUCAGUACUCUGACAGGCCCUCAUCCAGGCAAGGCUAUCCUGAUGAGUACCAGAGAGCAAACCGAAGUGCCUACAAUGAUUAUUAUGCAGAUUACGCCAAGCACUAUGAUUAUGGAGCAUACAAUUACGGACAGUAUGACCCGCGCUACAGAGGAUACUAUGAUCAGUCCUACUGGACUAGUUAUGAUGAUGGCUACAGAGGCAGAGACAGCUACUAUAAUCAACAGCCGUAUCCUGCCAGGAAAGAGGGCUAUGAUGAUCAGUGGCGGUACUAUCCUGGCUAUGAUGCCAGUUUUGAUGAAGAUUACCGGCGACGUGGAGACGGCGACGACUUUGACAGACGCAGCGUCCACAGCGAGCAGUCGGCACACAGCGUGCACAGCUCCCACAGCCACCACAGCAGACGAAGCAGCUUCAGCUCACGAUCACAACAGAGCCAGGUAUACAGAAGCCAGCCUGAUAUAGUGUCAGCAGUCUAUGACACCACAUCAUCCACUUUGGCUGUGGACUACUCCUAUGGACAGUACCCAAACCAGGCCGAUGCCGCCCAGAACUACAGCCAGUACCUCUAUCCCUCUGAGUACCCCACAGAGAGCACCUGGAUCGCCCCUGAGCAACCUCCUCCUCGUCCUGCAACCCCAGAGAAGUUCACCAUACCCCACCGCUGUGCCCGCUUCGGACCUGGUGGUCAUCUGGUCCAAGUUCUGCCCAAUCUCCCCUCAGCUGGACAGCCUGCUCUCGUUGAUAUCCACAGCAUGGAGACGAUGCUGCAGGAUACCCCGGAUCAGACAGAGCUACGAGCUUUUCCAGGACCUCUUGUUAAGGAGGAGACUCAUAAAGUGGAUGUGAUAAAGUUCUCCCAGAACAAAGCGCUGGAGUGUUCUCGUGACAACAACCUGUUGGACAGGGACUCUGCGCGCCUGCUUUGGGAAUUCAUCAUGCUACUCUGUAGACAGAACGGGACCGUGGUCGGCACGGACAUCGCUGACCUCUUGCUGAAGGAGCAUCGUUCUGUCUGGCUUCCCGGCAAAAGUCCUAAUGAAGCCAACUUGAUUGAUUUUAACAAUGAGCCACUGGCACGAGCUGAGGAAGAGCCGGGAGCUGGACCACUGUCCCUGCUAUCGGACACUUUCAUGACUGUACCAGAGAACCUUGGCAAGGAAACAGAACGCUUCAGGGAGCUGUUACUGUUUGGCCGCAAGAAGGAUGCACUCGAAGCAGCUAUGAAGGGAGGUCUCUGGGGACAUGCCCUGCUGUUGGCUAGUAAGAUGGACAACAGAACACAUGCACGUGUCAUGACAAGGUUUGCCAACAGUUUGCCAAUCAAUGACCCUCUGCAGACGGUGUACCAGCUGAUGUCAGGGAGGAUGCCUGCAUCAGCCACUUGCUGUGGCGAGGAGAAGUGGGGUGACUGGCGCCCUCACCUGGCCAUGGUGUUGUCUAACCUCACACACACUCUGGAUCUGGAUACUCGCACAAUCACCACCAUGGGUGACACUCUUGCUUCCAAGGGGCUGAUUGAUGCCGCACACUUCUGCUACUUGAUGGCCCAAGUUGGUCUGGGAGUUUACACAAAGAAGAGCACCAAGAUGGUUCUGAUUGGCUCCAAUCACAGUUUUCCCUUCUACCAAUUUGCGUCCAAUGAAGCAAUCCAGAGGACUGAGGCCUAUGAGUAUGCUCAAUCACUGGGCUCCCAGCCGUGCUCACUGCCCAAUUUCCAGGUGUUCAAGUUGAUCUAUGCAUGCCGCUUGGCUGAAGCAGGCCUGAGCGCUCAGGCCUUCAACUACUGUGAAGUUAUCUCUAGGAAUGUCCUCAUGCAGCCUUCCUACUACUCUCCUGUGUUCAUAAGCCAGAUUAUACAGAUGUCGGAAAAGCUGCGAUUCUUCGAUCCCCAACUGAAGGAGAAGCCGGAGCAGGAGUUGUUCAAUGAGCCUGAAUGGUUGAUCCACCUCAGACAGCUGGAUAGACAGAUAAGGACAGGGGAGUUUACAUGCAAUGAAGACAGAGCAACUCCUGCACAGUUCGACUGCAGCAGCCCCAGUUCUGAGUCAGACGAGCCCAGUCCGCCUGAACCUUACAGCAUGCCUGUGGAGUUGGAUGGCCCCACCCCUGACAACCCACUAAUGAGCUCAUUACUGCCUGGGCCUCCACCGCAGGGAGUACAGCUGAUGCCUCCAGCUCCCACCUCUAUCCUCCAAGAUGGGAUGGCCCCACCUCAGCCUUUAUCCCCCAAUGACGUGCCCCAGUUCUACCCAGUACCCCCCAGUGGACCACCAGGCCAGAUGCCCAUCUCAGGCUACCCUCCACAGGAUCCUGGCUUCGCCCAUCCUCCCUUCCAGCCUCAGUCUGAGCAGAUAGAUAUGUUCCCUGGAGCCCAUCAGUCCCAUCAGCAGCAGUGUCCCCCACCUCCUCAAGUGGGCCAAAUGUCACCACACAUGUCCCCCACUCAGGUGCCGCAUUCGCCUGUACGAAUCAACCCCCCGCCACUCCAGAUGCCUCAGCACAUGCCUCAGCAUAUUCCCCAGCAUAUGCCCCCUUCUCCCGGGCACAUGCCACAUGUGGAGCAGAUGUCCCACGCCCCACCAGAGAUGCACCCUGCUCAACCAAUGUCAUCCUCCCCACCCAGUGGCUCCUUCACGCCAGACCUGUAUGACCACAUGGCUCAAUUGGGUGCUGGGAGGAGAUCAAGGACUACUUCACAAUCCUCAAUGCAUAUGGUUUCAGGACGUCGCUCCCGCACCACUUCUGAAUCUUCCACUCACUCUGGCGGAAGAGAGCGGAGCAACUCGGCUGCCAUGCAGGCCUCUCCACCUCCGCCUUCAAUUCCUGAACAGCCCAGCAGAGAAGAGGCCAAGAAAGUCAAGAAAGACUCCCCGAAAAAGGGUGGUGGUGGUGGUGGUGGAGGUAGUAGCUGGAUAAAGUGGCCCUGGAGGAGGAAGAAUGAGGCACACUUGCCAGAUGACAAUAACAAAUCUAUUGUUUGGGAUGAAAACAAGCAGAAAUGGGUCGACUUGAACGAGCCUGAAGAGGAGAGUAAGCCCCCUCCACCGCCUCCCUCUGGCUUCCCCAAGAUGCCUCAGAUGCCUGGCCCCGGAGGGCCUGCCUCACCCCCGAGUGGCGGUCCUCCUGUCAACAUGUUCUCCAGGAGAGCAGGCACGAAGAGCAGAUAUGUGGAUGUUCUUAAUCCUAGUAGAAUCUCUAAACCAGGCGGAUUAGCCCCCGCUCCUGCAGACAUCUUCGCUCCUUUGGCACCAAUGCCAAUGCCCGCUAACCUAUUUGUGCCUAGUUCAGCUCCUGACGAUCAACAACCUCUGGAGGGCUGUGAAGGAGGAAAUCAGGAGCAGAAUUCACCAAACACAAGCGCUGCUCCACAGAUGUUCAACCCCACGUUGUUACCACCUGCCCCAGAAGGUCCUCCCGUGCCUGAUGGCUCACAGUCCGGGGAGCUCUCACGUUCUAGCUCAAUGAGUUCUUUAUCACGCGAAGUGAGUCAGCAUUUAAACCAGAGUCAUCCUGCCCAGGGAGCUCCACCCACCGGAGGCGUCACCUUUUAUAACCCUGCACAGUUUGCACAGACAAGUGCACCAUCAGGAGGUGGACACCGCCCUGGACGCUUGGGCGGUCAGCGUCAGUACCCAGUGAUGAAAUAAACAUCUUGCAGAGAGAUUGUGUAAACAGACUUGUUGGAUAGAGUGAUAUCCUACCUGGAAGGAAAUCAAGCACAUGGACAUACUGAUCUCUGCCUAAAGGACCCUUCUUUUUGCCCGCACCUAACAAGAGCAUAAUCACAGUCUCCAUCAUGUCGAUCUUUGUCAACAGCUUAACCACUCUAUCAUCUUCCUCCUUGGUUCAGUAAUCAUCACUGGUACAUUUUUAACAAGGACUGUGUUUUCUUGAAGGGCUUUUUUCCUGCAUCCAAACAGAAAACAGACAGUUGUGUAAUGGUGUUAACAUACACACACACACACGUAAAGUUUUCACAAACAAACUACGUGUUCAUGGACAAUAAAUGUGUCGCUCCUCCCAGCUGUCCAGCUUCCCCUCAAAUCUAACACUGUUAACAGACUGAUCAUCCCAGAUUGUGUUUUAGGUUUGCGUCUGAAGUCCUCAUGUCUGUGUUUGACUGAUUGUAUGUGAGAUGGAUGGAUAGAAAGAAAGUGGCACCUUUUUAAUUUCAUACUGUCGACUUGUACGUUCAUUUGUAGCUCUUCAGUGUUCUUCUGUCAACUGGAGAUGGCAUUUUGCGUGAGAAUGAAUCGUGUCAAUAAUGCAUCGUCUGCUGUGUUGUUUGCUUUUCCUCAGUCAUUGGAUGACACAGGAGAGACACUCACAACCUGAGGGUUGGAGAGAGCCCGCAGUGUCAGGGUGCAGCCCGUUUCAGAUAUUUAUUUAAAUGUCCUCCUGCCCAUCAACAACUCUUGAUUUUAAAGAUGUGUCAGGGUCAUUCGUCCGAGUCAGGCUUCGGUUUCUCCUCCGAGAAACGUGACAGCAUUACUGAAGCGAGGGGUAGGAAUUGGAAUUAAAACAGCGUCUUAAAUGUCGCUAAAAAUAAAUCUAUCCAAAUAUUUGUAUAUCAGAUUGAUUGUAUUUAUGAGCUGUAGGCAUAAAGGUGUGUGUGUGUGCGUGUGUGUGAAGAGCAACUAAUUUUUCCUGAUUAGCUUUGAAGAAAAUGCAUUUAUGAUUCACCAGAGAUGACAUGGAUUCAUAUUCUGAUUGUUUGUAUUGGCCGCUUCUGCAGACAAAUAAAUCUUUAUCUAAAUUGUGAAAUGAGAGUUAAUUGUACUCUAAAUACUUCCUUGUCAUUUUAAUUUACUGAUAUAAUUUUUAAUUCAGCCGUGUUUUAUCCCGAAUGUUUUUGAUUCAGUGGUUUUGUAGACAUCACAUUAUGAUUUUUAAAGGUCCCCUUUUGUUUCAGAGGAGGAGUUGUUUCCCCCAGUGUUUUAAAAUUCCUCAUGUAAAAAAUCUUAACAUAAGACGGUAAAUACAAAAGGUGGAAACAAAAUGGUAAUAAAGUUAUUUUUUGCGCUCUGUAGCACUUUGAAA